AUGAACUCCAGCAUCUUCCCACUCUGUCUCGUGCUUCUUUUAUGCUAUGUUUAUGGUACUCCAGUCUCUGAUUGGCAUGUCUCCCGUGAAGCUGCAGCAGAUGCUGACUUUGGUGAAGUAAUCAAAGACAUUCCAGACAUAAACUUAGCUGCUGGACUGGAUCUCUUUCAGGGUGAUAUCUUGCUCCCUAAAAAACAGCGAAAUGCCCUAAGAAAUGAGACCUACAGAUGGAAGUUCCCCAUUCCCUACAUUCUGGGUGAUGACCUUGAUCUGAAUGCCAAAGGAGUAAUUCUCCAGGCGUUUGAAAUGUACCGCCUUAAGUCUUGCAUUGAUUUCAAGCCAUAUGAAGGAGAGACAAGCUACAUAUUCUUUAGAAAAGAAGAUGGAUGUUGGUCCAUGGUGGGGAACCAGCAGACUGGACAGAACCUCUCUAUUGGGGCAGGGUGUGACUACAGAGCAAUUGUGGAACAUGAGCUGCUGCACGCUCUAGGGUUUUACCAUGAGCAGUCGAGGAUGGACCGGGAUGACUAUGUGACAAUCUGGUGGGAUGAAAUUACUGCAGGCAUGGAGCACAAUUUUCUGAAGUAUGAUGACAGUUUCAUCACUGAUCUGAACACCCCAUAUGACUAUGAGUCAGUGAUGCACUAUAGACCGUUUUCAUUUAACAAAAAUGAAAGCAUCCCCACAAUCACAGCAAAAAUUCCAGCAUUUAAUGACAUCAUUGGACAACGUCUCGACUUCAGUGCCAUUGACCUGGAAAGACUGAAUCGCAUGUACAACUGCACUUCAACUCACAGUUUUUUGGACCAGUGUUCUUUUGAGGUUGAAAAUAUCUGCGGCAUGAUUCAGGGCACCACAGAUGAUCUAGACUGGGUCCACCAACAAGGCAGUGCUACAGGACAGGAGGACCACACACUUUCUGGCCGCUGUAGAGAUGCUGGAUAUUUUAUGUACUUUGACACCAGCUCUGGCAAGGUAGAUGAGACAGCAAUCCUAGAAUCUCGAAUCCUUUAUCCAAAGAGAACUGAGCAGUGCCUCCAGUUCUUCUAUAAAACCACAGGAAGCCCUUCUGACAAGCUGAUUGUAUGGCUGAAAGAGGAUGAUGGCACUGGAAAUAUUCGCAAGAUAAGGAAAAUGCAAACCUUUCAAGCGGAUAAUGACCAUAACUGGAAAAUUGCCCACGUAACCCUCAAUGCUCAGAAGAAGUUCCGUUACCUCUUCCAAGGACUAAAGGGCAGCGUCAGCUCUUCACCUGGUGGGAUUGCUAUUGAUGAUGUCUCACUGACAGAGACUCCCUGUCCCACAGCUGUGUGGGUCAUUCGGAAUUUCAGCCAAAUUCUCAGCAACACAUCAAAUGGUACUAUUCAAAGCCCUCGGUUCUAUAGCCCUGAGGGUUAUGGUUUUGGCAUAAGUUUGCAACCCCAUGCCAGUAUCAGUGGCUACGCUCGCAUUGCCUUUCACUUGUGCAGCGGAGAGAACGAUGGUGUUCUGGAGUGGCCAGCUCUGAACCGCCAAGCUACGCUCACAGUGCUUGACCAGGACCCUGACAUCUUGAAAAGGAUGUCCUCAAGCAAAAGCUUUACCACAAGUAAAGACCAUGUUAGUUCAGGUGUUAACAGAACCUUAAUAUGGGAGAAACCAUCAGUCACUGGAACAUUUGAUACCUCAUGCAAUUGCUAUAGAAGUAUAUCAUGGGGAUGGACUAACUUCAUAUCCCACAAAGAGAUGAGCCGGAAAAACUUCCUGAAAAAUGAUGAUCUCAUUAUUUUGGCAGAAUUUCACGAUCUAACUCACCUCAAUAAAACUGAAGUCCCCAUUGAAGCUAAACAAUCUGCCCUCAUGGAAGGCUUCGUUCUUGAAAGACAGAAGAGAGCAGCCCAGGAUAUGAAGCCUCUUCAAGACCAGCUGCCAUAUCUGCAAGACCCAUGUGACCCAAACCCUUGCCAGAAUGAUGGAGUCUGUGUUAAUGUGGAAGGGAGAGCAAGCUGCAGGUGCCCAUCAGGACAAGCCUUUUUUUUUACAGGUGAGAGGUGUCAGUCAAUGCAGGUCCAUGGCAACAUCCUGGGAAUGACAGUUGGUGGAAUUGCUGGAACCAUUGUCUUAACCAUUGUCCUCAUUUCCAUGAUGUCUAGAAGAUAA